GCCCGGGGGCGCGCACGGGCUGGUCUCUGCCCUAAUGCGGCGGCUGGCGGCCAGAGGCGCUGCAGGGGACGCGGGGGAAGCGGCGGCGCCGGCGGCGGACCGCACGGACUGCGCCCGGGGCCGCGGCCGGAGCCCUUGGAGGUUGAUUGACUUAUGUGCAAUUUGGGACUCUGGAGUUGUCCUUCCCGCUGCAGACUGGAAGGGACCUUCCUCUGGUGUUGCAGGAAGGAGGCUGAAUAAGGCAGAGGUGCUGAGCUCUGUCCAGAAGGCGCAGUUUCAGCGGCUGGAGGCAGCGAGACUCCGCGGGCCGGGGAGCAGGGAGCGGGGCCCGGUGCUGAGGAUGGCCGGGCAGCAGCCCCCGCCCGGGGUCCUCGCAGCCCUCCUCCUCUGCCUCCUCAGCCUCGGCGGGGCCAUCGAGAUCCCUAUGGAUCCAAGCAUCCAGAAUGAGUUGUCCCAGCCCCCGACCAUCACCAAGCAGUCCGUGAAGGACCACAUCGUGGAUCCCCGGGAUAACAUCCUGAUUGAGUGUGAAGCCAAGGGGAACCCCGCCCCCAGCUUCCACUGGACUCGCAACAGCAGGUUCUUCAACAUCGCCAAGGACCCCCGGGUGUCCAUGAGGAGGAGGUCUGGGACCCUGGUCAUCGACUUCCGCAGCGGCGGGCGGCCAGAGGAAUACGAGGGGGAGUACCAGUGCUUCGCCCGCAACAAGUUCGGCACGGCCCUGUCCAACAGGAUCCGCCUGCAGGUGUCCAAAUCUCCCCUGUGGCCCAAGGAAAACCUGGACCCCGUUGUUGUUCAAGAAGGUGCCCCCUUGACACUGCAGUGCAACCCCCCACCUGGACUUCCGUCCCCAGUCAUCUUCUGGAUGAGCAGCUCCAUGGAGCCCAUCACCCAAGACAAGCGUGUGUCCCAGGGCCAUAAUGGGGACCUGUACUUCUCCAGUGUGAUGCUGCCAGACAUGCAGACAGACUACAGCUGCAACGCCCGUUUCCACUUCACCCACACCAUCCAGCAGAAGAACGCAUUCACCCUCAAGGUCCUCACCACCCGAGGAGUUGCAGAGAGAACACCCAGCUUCAUGUAUCCCCAGGGCACUGCGAGCAGUCAGAUGGUGCUGCGCGGCAUGGACCUCUUGCUGGAGUGCAUCGCCUCUGGAGUCCCAACACCAGACAUCGCAUGGUACAAGAAAGGUGGGGACCUCCCAUCUGACAAGGCCAAGUUCGAGAACUUUAACAAGGCUCUGCGUAUCACCAAUGUCUCCGAGGAAGACUCCGGGGAGUAUUUCUGCCUGGCCUCCAACAAGAUGGGCAGCAUCCGGCACACGAUCUCGGUGAGAGUAAAGGCUGCCCCCUACUGGCUGGACGAACCCAAGAACCUCAUCCUGGCCCCCGGGGAGGACGGGAGACUGGUGUGUCGAGCCAGUGGGAACCCCAAGCCCACCGUCCAGUGGAUGGUGAAUGGGGAACCUUUGCAAUCGGCACCCCCCAACCCGAACCGUGAGGUGGCCGGGGACACCAUCAUCUUCCGGGACACGCAGAUCAGCAGCAGGGCCGUGUACCAGUGUAACACCUCCAAUGAGCACGGCUACCUGCUGGCCAACGCCUUCGUCAGUGUGCUGGAUGUCCCCCCACGGAUGCUGUCGCCCCGGAACCAGCUCAUUAGGGUGAUCCUGUACAACCGCACACGGCUGGACUGCCCGUUCUUCGGGUCCCCCAUCCCCACACUCCGAUGGUUUAAGAAUGGGCAAGGAAGCAACCUGGACGGUGGCAACUACCACGUCUAUGAGAACGGCAGUCUGGAGAUCAAGAUGACCCGCAAAGAGGACCAAGGCAUCUACACCUGUGUCGCCACCAACAUCCUGGGCAAAGCUGAAAACCAGGUCCACCUGGAGGUCAAAGACCCCACCAGGAUCUACCGGAUGCCCGAGGACCAGGUCGCCAAACGGGGCACCACGGUGCAGCUGGAGUGCCGAGUGAAGCACGACCCGUCCCUGAAGCUCACGGUCUCCUGGCUGAAGGACGACGAGCCGCUCUACGUGGGCAACAGGAUGAAGAAGGAAGACGAGUCCCUGACUAUCUUUGGUGUGGCAGAGCGGGACCAGGGCAGCUACACGUGCAUCGCCAGCACCGAGCUGGACCAAGACCUGGCCAAGGCCUACCUCACCGUGCUAGCUGAUCAGGCCACUCCGACUAACCGUUUGGCUGCCCUGCCCAAAGGGCGGCCCGACAGACCCCGGGACCUGGAGCUCACGGACCUGGCCGAGAGGAGCGUGAGGCUGACCUGGAUCCCAGGGGACGAUAACAACAGCCCCAUCACAGACUACGUCGUCCAGUUUGAAGAGGACCAGUUCCAGCCGGGGGUCUGGCACGACCAUUCCAAGUUCCCAGGCAGUGUCAACUCAGCCAUCCUCCACCUGUCCCCUUACGUCAACUAUCAGUUCCGGGUCAUUGCCGUCAACGAGGUCGGCAGCAGUCACCCCAGCCUCCCGUCCGAGCGCUACCGAACCAGCGGGGCACCUCCUGAAUCCAAUCCUGCUGAUGUGAAGGGAGAGGGGACCAGAAAGAACAACAUGGAGAUCACGUGGACGCCCAUGAACGCCACCUCUGCCUUCGGCCCCAACCUGCGCUACAUCGUCAAGUGGCGGCGGAGGGAGACGCGAGAGGCCUGGAGCAACGUCACGGUGUGGGGUUCCCGCCACGUGGUGGGGCAGACCCCGGUCUACGUGCCCUAUGAGAUCCGAGUCCAGGCCGAAAAUGACUUUGGCAAGGGCCCUGAGCCAGACACUGUCAUCGGUUACUCCGGAGAAGAUUAUCCCAGGGCUGCACCCACUGACGUUAAAAUCCGAGUCCUGAACAGCACAGCCGUCAGCCUUCAGUGGAACCGCGUCUACUCCGACACGGUCCAGGGCCAGCUCAGAGAGUACCGAGCCUACUACUGGAGGGAGAGCAGCUUGCUGAAGAACCUGUGGGUGUCUCAGAAGAGACAGCAAGCCAGCUUCCCUGGUGACCGCCUCCGGGGCGUGGUGUCCCGCCUCUUCCCCUACAGUAACUACAAGCUGGAGAUGGUUGUGGUCAAUGGGAGAGGCGAUGGGCCUCGCAGUGAGACCAAGGAGUUCGCCACCCCGGAAGGAGUACCCAGCGCCCCCAGGCGUUUCCGAGUCCGGCAGCCCAACCUGGAGAUGAUCCACCUGGAAUGGGAUCACCCGGAACACCCCAAUGGGAUCCUCACUGGAUAUACUCUCAAAUACGUGGCCUUUAAUGGAACCAAAGUAGGAAAGCAGAUAGUGGAAAACUUCUCUCCCAAUCAGACCAAGUUCACGAUGCAAAGAGCAGACCCUGUGUCGCGCUACCGCUUCACACUCAGUGCCAGGACGCAGGUGGGCAGUGGGGAGGCCGCCACAGAGGAGUCACCAGCACCCCCGAAUGAAGCUACUCCGACCGCAGCUCCUCCCACGCUGUCCCCAACCACAGUGGGCGCGCCGGGCACUGUGAGCAGUACUGACGCCACUGCCACCGUGGCCACCGAAGCCACAGCAGCCCCCAUCGUCCCCACCACAGCACCUGCCGCCGUCACCACCACCACCGCCACGGAGAGCCCUCCCACCACCACCGCCGGAACUAAGAUACACGAGUCUGCCCCUGACAAGCAGUCCAUAUGGAACGUCACGGUGCUCCCCAACAGUAAAUGGGCCAACAUCACCUGGAAGCACAGUUUCGGGCCCGGAACUGACUUUGUGGUUGAGUACACUGACAGCAACCAUACGAAAAAAACUGUCCCUGUUAAGGCCCAGGCCCAGCCUAUACAGCUGACAGACCUCUAUCCCGGGAUGACAUACACGUUGCGAGUUUAUUCCCGGGACAACGAGGGCAUCAGCAGUGCCAUCAUCACGUUUAUGACCAGUUCAGCUUACACCAAUAACCAGGCGGACAUCGCCACCCAGGGCUGGUUCAUCGGGCUCAUGUGCGCCAUCGCCCUCCUGGUGCUCAUCCUGCUCAUCGUCUGUUUCAUCAAGAGAAGCCGAGGCGGCAAGUACCCAGUGCGAGAAAAGAAGGAUGUUCCCCUGGGCCCUGAAGACCCCAAAGAAGAGGACGGCUCAUUUGACUACAGUGACGAGGACAACAAGCCCCUGCAGGGCAGCCAGACGUCCCUGGACGGCACCAUCAAGCAGCAGGAGAGUGAUGACAGCUUGGUGGACUACGGCGAGGGCGGCGAGGGGCAGUUCAAUGAGGAUGGCUCCUUCAUCGGCCAGUACACGGUCAAAAAGGACAAGGAGGAGACAGAGGGCAAUGAAAGCUCAGAGGCCACGUCGCCCGUCAAUGCCAUCUAUUCUCUGGCCUAACAGAGCCCCCCAGGGCACAGCCACCACUUUGCAAAUGGGAGGAGGGGAGAGGAGGAGAGAAGGCCUGCAGACCCACCGCAAAGCGCCUCCACCUUCAGGGACAAGGGUACCACAGGGGGUCUGCCCCCAUGCCGACCAGUGAGCCCCCAGCCAACCACAGCCCCCUCCCAGUGACCCUCGCCCCGCGCCCCUGGGGUGCCACCUGCGCGGGAGAGCUGGUCAUGGCUAAGCUCAGCUGGAGGAGCUGGGCUCUCUUGCCCAGCCUCGCAGCCACCUUGAGCCUGCCAUGCACACUGCCCGCCCUUGGCCUCAGCACACGCUCUCACCAGUUUCUGUUGGUCUGGGUAUUUUUCAUUGUCUUUUUGUUUGUUUGUUUUGCUCUGUGCAUUUUCUUCUCCAGAAAGUGUCUCCGUUUUCUUUUCCUUUUGAACAAGUGUCCCUAGAAAAAGAACGGAUGGGUGGAUUCUCUCCCCCAGAAAACUGCAAAUAUCAGCGAAAAGGAUUGAUUCGUGAGAGAACAUACAGAAAAGCUGUAGUGUUCAGACCGCGCUGGGCCAGUGUAUUCCCGAAAGAUGCCUUUCUCGCCACAUGCCUCCCCUGCCCCCGGCCCGCCUGCCUCGGCCUCGUCGGCUGCUGAGCGGGGCUUGGCUCCUUGGUGGAAAACGACAGUAUUUUUGGCAGGGAGAGAGUGGGCCGGCCUCCUUGCCUUGCUCUGGGUCAGUGGGGAGGUGGGCUUACCUCUUGCCCCUCGGUCUUGCCCUGCCCCUUCCUCCAGAAUGUCCAAGGCGAGGGCCACAGCGACUCUGAAGAAGGAAUCUGAGGAACAGGAGUGGGCACGGGUGGAAAGGACUUCAACUCCAGUGACCGUGUACCUCAAACAGAAAAAAAUCAGGCAUCUGGUCCCUGGGGAGCUGUGCUCCCCUCGAGAGAGAAGAAAAGGACUGGGUUUGGACGACUUCUUCCCCAUCAGUGAAUCCCAGGAUGUGGGAGGGGACCCCACUGUGCAUCCAGAGUAGAGGGUGCCCAGCCUGGUCAGGGGUCCAGGCUGCUACCCUCAAGGAGAUGGAGCCCUGGGAUACAAGGCUUUGCUGGUGUGUUUGGACACAUCAAGCAUUGCCCCCCUACCUUUCACGUCAAGCAGAUAUCAUCUCUUCAGUCAAUUCUGUAUGACAUUGAAACUGGGGUUUUACAUGGUAGAUGGGGCCCUGCUGCCCCCAGACUGAGCCGGCGUGUCCUGUCCUGUCCUUAGGGUCCUUUCCUGUUGGGAGACCCUGCAGGAAUCACACUAACAGUGCUGUAAGCCUGGCCUGGACGGUCCUGUUUCCUUCGUAUGCCUUACGCAGCUCCGCUCUGUCCCUGCAGCCCCCAGGUCCCCAGCCCCUCCCGGGGGCCUCCAGCAUGCAACGGCUGCCUCAAGAGGACGGAGGUGGCCUGUGCGAGCAAGAAGCAGCCAGUGGACACACACCCUGCGCCAGAUGGAGACGCUCUCAGACCUGCAGUGCUCAGAGCCUGAAGGCGCUGCCUUCCUCCUCCCCACCUCAUCCGUAUUUUAAACCAAAGGUACCUAGCCUCAGAGAGGGAGACCUUGAGCCUGAGAGUAACCCUCGAGCUGUUGCUGCAGCUAGAGUCGCUUUCAGGAGGGUGGAGCUGACCCCCAGUCAUGGACCACCUGCCACGGGCACAACCUCUGAUGUGAGCCUCCAGCUGCUUGCCAGGGGCCUGGGCAGGAACAGGGUCCUUCAGAGACUAUUAAAGCAUCAUUUGCCACAUGUUUAAGCCACAAAGGUAUUAGCAAUGCUUGCAUCCUCUAAUAAUGAGGCAGAUGAAGGUCAAGCCCAUAGAUACAUAUACUCUGUCUGCAGGUAAGAAACCAUAGCCCAGAGCUGAGCCAAUUAUGUUGUUUGAACCUCAGCGCAAAUAACUUCCUUUGGUCCAGGCUGUGGCCAGGUUUGCUGCCUGGAAGCCCGAGGGGCAGUUCUCUCCUGGUGAAAGGGGACAGGGUGAACAGCAGGGGAUGGGGAGCGAGCUCAGGGGUCCCCUCCCCUGGCUUUCCUCCACUACCUACUGGGAUGCAGCCGGGCUUCCUGCUGCCUAGGCACAGCGGCCCUGAAAGGAGUGUCAGGGAGGCAUGCCUGUGACCUGAAUUAAGGGGCCUGGCCUUUCCAGAACGCACUCAGAUCUGAGCAAAGUACUCCGUUUCUCAGGCCCUCAUUCCAUAUAGCAUGAUACACGCAAGCCAACUCCUGGCACCAAAAACAGGCUCCUACCGCAAGAAAGACUGAGAUGUCAUCAUACCCUUCCCCCUGCUUCUAGAAGGUCUGCCGCACAACCCUUGACUGGGGAAGGGCGUUUACUCCUGUAGGGCCUUGUGGGGAGGUGAUUGCUCAGCCCAGCUUUGCUUCUCGUCCGAGUCCUGCCAGGCUCUGUAUCAUCCCCUCCGUGUAGGAAGAGACUGCCGGCCGCGCCGUCUAGAGGCUGUCAUGCUGAGGACUGAACGCUGCCCACACCGCGCGAUCACACCCUCCUGGCAGGCAAGAGCAAACCUGGGCCUGAAGAACCAAGUUUUCCCCAAGCAAAGACGGCAGGUGUUGAGAGGUGUGCCAACUGCAGGAUUAGGGAGGCAGCCAUUCCCGGGAGAGGGGAGUCCGUUUUCCAUGGAGCGCAUGCCAGCGUCCACCCUCAGCAGGGAAGCAGUAUUGUCCAACACUCCCUGCCAGCUGGGGCUCCCAAGCAAGCACCCCAAAGCAUACCAACUUCCGUGGCAGUGUAGGGCAAUACCGCCGGUGCGUUGGCCCGCGGGGCUUGCCGGGAGAGGCGUGGGUCACCUCGCAGUGACUGAGAAGCUCCGUUGCCUGUACUGCAGUCCCGCCCACUGGGCGCAGCCACAGAGCUGUGGCUUCCCAUGCUCUCGUGUGUCUGCUCAUUUGCUCAGCAGAGACUCUUGAACACUUAGCCUGAGCCAGGGGUACCGUGGUGAGUAGUCAGGUGUGGCCCCUGCCUUCACGGCACUAAGUCUUGGAACUGAGUUUGGGAAGAGAGAAGCUUCAGAAGGAGAGCUUGGUCUGCAAGGCUGGGCAAGACAGGGCCAUCAAGCCUGCAGGGUGGGGUUGGGGAACAGCCCUGCUGCCAGAGCCUCUUUGCACUGCCCGUUGGGGCAGGUUGCUGAGCACAUCUGUAUUUUGGUGCCACCUCGGAACACCUCUCCCGACAGAGGGGCAUAGGCCCACCUGAAGGGACGAGGAGGCUGGUGUCUGGGAACUACACCGCCUUGGCACUGGGAGACGGCUGCCUCCCGCUUUGCCUAGGAUAGGAUGCCUGGGACCCAUCUUUCCUGAUCUUGCAUUUGAGACGGUGGUUGAACUUAAGCUGCAGGAAAAACUAGACUAGCUCCUUCCCUUGCCCACUGCCUUUGCCCUUGGAGGCAUUUGGUCCUUCCUGGCAAUCCCCAAGGUCUGGAGAAGCGUCCACCUGCCUACGGGGCAGCCAGUGCCAGUAGUUCUCCCCCUGCAAGGAGUGUCUGCAGCCUGGGCCUCCCCAGUGCGCUCAGAGCUUCCCCUGAACACAGCCAGGCCUAGAAAAGGGAUGCCAACGGAUCCCAGGAUACUUGUGGGUUUUCUAGCUAAGGGACAGCCUCCCCUGUCCAGCCUGCCCACACUCAGCGCCUGCACAGGGGCACAGCUGCACACAGAGUUAGGCGGCACUCUCCAUGGGGACAGUACAGGUUAUGACCUUGUCUCGUGGAGGAUGGGUCCCCACCCAGGCCCACCUGCGGUGAGCUGUGAAGGGCUGCGUGGGGCGCAGUGCACAACCUGGGGCAGGGGAAGACACUGUCCUGGUGGGGAGUCUGUCUGGGCAGUUCCUGUAAGCUGAGCCGAGAGAAAAAGUCUGACCCGAAGGAGAAGGACUCAGCCCCAGAGCAGCACAGGCAGUGGCCCUCUAAGGCUCCCGGAGCCCUUUGUGGAGCGGACUCAGAACAGCCCAGGUGAUGGAAGGAGUGGGAACUUAACAGGAGUCUCCUGAGCCUUCAGCUGGUGCCAGGGAACCAAUUCUCAGGGGGAGGGCAGCAGGUCCCAGGGGUGCGGCCCAGAGCAUGGUCCCCACUUGGUGACCCCUUGGUCACCACUCCAGCAGGCCCUGACAAACACGCACAGGUCCACUAGAAAGAAAUCGCUCUGUGGAUCCUGCUUGAGCUUUGCGUGGUGGCUCAGGAGUAGCAUGAAGGAGGUCCCUGAUUAAAAAAUGAAAAAUCCGAGGAAUCAAAUGAAACAAAGAGCUUGAAAUGUCAGGAGGAGACUCAGUGCCACAGGCACCUGGGCAGCCCCGUCCCUUAAGCCAGGCAGGGGCCGCCCCCUGGGAGCUCAGACCAGCUUCGCUGACAUCCCCAGCCUGCCCAGCCCAAGCCAGCAGCCAUUCCUUCCCUCUGCUCCCAAGGACAGGCCUUCCUGAGGCAGGUUCAGAGGAGGAUCAGAGGGAAAGGAGGACAGCCAUCCAGGGAGGCCACGAGGCCCCACCCCAAACCAGUGCUUGUCUAUCAUUGUAUUAGUAUUAAAUGGUUCUGUAAUGAUGAGGAUGGAAAUGAGGUGGGUACAAAGGCUUCUAGCUCAGGGUAGGUUCAGAUUUCAGCAUACAGAGGAAUCACGGUACUGAUCUAAUGGCAAUGACGCGCGUGCAGACAAGGCCACUAAAAUCUGGGGAGGUAAAGGGACUUGCCCAAGGUCACACAGCAAGGAAUCAAGAUGAGUCGGACCUCCGGACUCCUCCAGUGUUCUUUCACCUCGCCACAGCUGCCUCCUUGGAUGGAGAGGUGUUACUAAAGAUCUGUCCUCCUGGUACCCCUUUACCACUUCCCCCGUAUUCCUCCCAAAAUGAAAGACACACAAGAUUUUUCUGAGUCCCACAUCAGUCAGUCUGGCGGCCUGUGGUGAGCGCAGUGGAGCGGCUAAGGGCAGACCUGGGCCAGGAGGAGAGACAAGCCGAUUGUGUCCAUCCCCGUGAAGCCUGCAUGUGGCCUGGAGUGAAGUCACUGGUUCAUCUGCACAUAGGGCCCCAGCAUGCUGUGUCCCCCGGGAGCCGGGGUGUGGAGGGCUGUCUGUCCGCCCCCCGCCCCCAGCCGCAGGGCUCAGAGGGAAGCCCUGCCACCCUGGGAUUUGCUGGGCUGCAGUUCAGCACAUGUCACAACUUCAGUGAAGCAAUAAACAAAAUCUGGGAGAAGAAGUCCAGAAUUUCGUGCCCUACUCUGUUUCUUGUUCAAAAACGAUACAGAUCAGGUGGCCCUGUCCCGCUCGUGUUUUCUGAUUCCCAGAUCCAAUGUCUUCAGUGUUGCCCUUCUGCCUGGCCCCGAGCUCUUGGCCGACUUCCUAACCUCCUAAGCUGAGCGUCCAUCACCUGUGACAUGGCCACCUUAUGUCCUGGUCCCACCCCCAGCCCACGCUGGACCCCAGAGGACCUCCUGCCCUUCCCCCCAACACACACACACCUGUCCCCACCAUUCCAGUCUGUUCCUUUCAGGGGAGGAGACUGUUCCCAGUGUCUCCAUCCCUUCCCACUUACCACACACCCACAAAUCAGCCUCAUCUUCUUUACGUUGGUUAAAUAUUUAACUCUCCGUGGCAGGCCUUGUUUUAAUCCCUCUCACAUCGUGUUCUUUCCUUUCCGCGAGUUAUUUUGCAUUAACCGUUAUCAGCGUCAGAUGCGUACCUGAGGGUGUCAUACACAACCUUCAGCAGGAACGACUUCUGGGCCAUGGAGGACCAUCUAAUACAUGGACUUAUAAACUGCAUGAGCAAUGAAAAGGCCAAAUUAUUCAGAAUUUUUUUUGAGUCACUGUAAAAAAAAAAACUGAUUUCUUUUGUAUAGAGACCACUAAACGUAUAAUAAAAGUUGUUCAAAAUGGA